AUGCCUUUAAUUAGUGCUAAGCACAAGGCAGCCGGACAUGAGGGUCCCAUGCAAACAGAAGACGGGUCUCUUUUUUGCAAACCUACCAGUAAACAGGAAGUACAAUUUUAUACUCGAGCAACACGUGAAUCCGUUGAUGAGUCUUUACCACUUGGAAGUGUAAUAACUGACUGGAUACCCAUAUGUUAUGGAUCUCUGACAUCAGGCGUGAAAAAGGAUGGAAAAUAUGCAAACGAAGCGAUUGAGAAAAUAGACACGAAUCCAGCUGUAAAUCCCGGACUAAAAGAAGAUGGCCUAUACAUAGUCCUUCAAGAUGUUCUUUACGGAUUUACAAGGCCAAAUAUAUUAGAUAUCAAGCUGGGGUCAAUAUUGUAUGACGAGAGUGCGAGCAAAGAUAAAGUUGAACGAAUGAAGAAUGUUUCACGAACUACAACGAGUGGGUCUUUGUCUUUUAGAAUUUGUGGUAUGCAGAUGGCCAAUGACUUUCCGGGAAAGCUUCCGGAGGAUAUUCCGGGAGUUGAAAUGAAGAGCGUAUGCAAAAUUCAAGAUGAUGGUUACCUUGCAUUUAAUAAGUUCUUUGGUCGACAUUUGAACUCGGAUACGGUAAUUGAAGGACUACGAGUUUUCUUUAGGUAUAACAGGCUCUCUAAAGACACGCAGGAUCAGAUGAUACAAACUUUCGCAAAUAGAUUGAUGAUGUUCUACAAUUGUAUACUAGACACAGAGUUCCGAGCAGUGUCUUCAUCGCUUCUUUUCGUAUACGAAAAUGAUCAGCAGAUAUGGGAGCAGAAGAAUCACGAGGAUGCAUUAAUAAAAGAGACUGUAGCCGGUGAAAGUGAUGAGGAAGAUGAAACUGAAGUCAAGCAGAAUGCUCCCUUAAGCGAACUCAAAUAUAUUGACUUUGCACACUCAAAGUUCACCCCAGGUAAGGGAUAUGAUGAGGAGAUAGCACAAGGUGUGGAGAACCUCAUCAGGUUAAUUAAGCAAAUUUAA